UCUGAAACCAUGAGCAAAGCUCCAAGGCUUUGGCCGACCAAGUGUUUACCAUGCUGCUAUUGUCAUCUUCCUUGAAUUCUUUGCAUGGGGUCUGUUAACAACGCCAAUGUUGACUGUUCUACAUGAAACAUUUCCUCAACACACAUUCCUCAUGAAUGGUCUCAUUCAAGGUGUAAAGGGCCUGCUCUCUUUCCUGAGUGCCCCCCUCAUAGGCGCUCUGUCUGACGUGUGGGGGAGGAAGCCUUUUCUCCUUGGCACUGUGUUCUUCACCUGCUUCCCUAUCCCACUGAUGAGGAUCAGCCCGUGGUGGUAUUUUGCGAUGAUUUCUGUGUCUGGAGUCUUCUCAGUCACGUUCUCUGUGAUAUUUGCCUAUGUAGCUGAUGUCACUCAGGAGCACGAGCGAAGUACUGCUUAUGGAUGGGUCUCAGCCACUUUUGCAGCUAGUCUUGUCAGCAGCCCUGCCAUUGGAGCAUACCUUUCUGCAAGUUACGGAGACAGCCUCGUUGUGCUAGUGGCCACAGUGGUGGCUCUUCUGGAUAUCUGUUUCAUCUUGGUGGCUGUUCCAGAAUCUUUGCCAGAGAAAAUGAGACCGGUUUCCUGGGGAGCUCAGAUUUCUUGGAAACAAGCAGACCCUUUUGCGUCAUUGAAGAAAGUUGGGAAAGAUUCUACUGUCUUCUUAAUCUGCAUCACCGUGUUUCUUUCAUAUCUUCCCGAAGCUGGACAGUAUUCAAGUUUUUUUCUCUAUCUCAGGCAGGUCAUAGGCUUUGGAUCUGUUAAAAUUGCAGCAUUCAUUGCUAUGGUAGGAAUUCUGUCUAUCGUAGCUCAGACGGUCUUUCUUAGCAUUUUGAUGAGGUCGUUGGGGAAUAAGAAUACUGUCCUUCUUGGCUUGGGCUUCCAGAUGCUCCAGUUGGCCUGGUAUGGUUUUGGAGCUCAGGCCUGGAUGAUGUGGGCUGCAGGGACCGUGGCUGCCAUGUCCAGCAUCACAUUCCCGGCAGUCAGCGCUCUCGUCUCUUGGAAUGCAGAUUCAGAUCAGCAAGGAGUUGCCCAGGGGAUCAUAACUGGAAUAAGAGGACUAUGCAAUGGCCUGGGGCCAGCACUGUAUGGCUUUAUAUUCUACAUGUUCCACGUAGAAUUGACUGAGUUAGGCCCAGAAUUGAAUUCUAACAGUGAUGCCCUACAGGGAGCUGUCAUCCCAGGCCCACCAUUUUUAUUUGGAGCAUGUAUAGUUCUUAUGUCUUUUCUGGUUGCCUUAUUCAUCCCUGAAUACCGGAAAGCCAGUGGAGUUCAAAAACAUAGCAACAGCAUCAGCGGAAACCUAACCAACACCCCAGAACGAGGCAGUGAUGAGGACAUUGAGCCACUGCUGCAAGAUAGUAGCAUCUGGGAGCUCUCCUUUGAAGAGCCUGGGAAUCAGAGCACUGAGCUGUAAACUCACCAGAAAAUGGGAUUCUGCAGAUGACCACCUCUGAGAGCCAUGGAGGGAGCCGCAGCACAUGGAGACUUCAUGGUGCUGGAGGGGCGAUGCUAGUGGCAUCCUUCAGGCCAAGUUGAUAAGUGACUCCUUCUGUCUCUCUGCCCUUCCUCCUGUCCUCCUUCCGUUUCUUUUCUCUCAUUCUUUUUUAUUUGUACAUUAGAAGAAGGUAAGAUUUGAAAUACUUCCCUGCAGGUAAUGUACAACUCUCAAGGUCAUCUGGCGUCUGCACUUUGAAAAGUCAUCUCUGAUAGAAAAGAUGGAUUUCCUUUAAUAACUGGAAUAAUCUUUCCAUGGCUUUUUGAACAGAAGGUGCAGGAUUAGAGUGGAACUGCCAUCUUGGGCAAGAUUUCAAGUAAAGAAUCCCUUCUUUUUUCUUCCGUCCUCCUUCUUGGAUUAUUCCCACUUAGCCCAGAGGUAUUGAUGAGUGGCUAUUCUUAAUAGUCCCUCAGUUUCAGGGAUCUUUUGCCUUUGUCCAAAGGUCAAAUGAAAACCUAAUUUUACUCUCCCUUUAUUUCCUCUACACCCAGUGCUUGUCUAAAAUGAACAUUAAUAAUAUGGAUUGAUGGUAACCUUAACCAGCUUGAAGAAAAUCUUUCUUACAAAUUCAAAUAUGUUGAACUACCAACACAGAUUCCUGGACCUAGUGUCUGAUCAGAUUCAGAAGAAAAAAAGAAAAUAUAUCAAGCCUAAGAUGAUUUUAAAGAUGAAAAAAAGUUCAUCUAGCCCAGUGCAGUGGCACGCGCUUAUGAUCCCAGCAACUAAGAGGCUGAGGCAGGAGGAGCACUUGUUCGAGGCCAGCCUGGGCAACUUAGCAAGACCACCAAACACAACACAUACAUACACACACACACACACACCUCGCAAACACAAGCAUUCUAGUGGCAACAAAGAAAAGAAAUUGGAGAGUGCUUCUAAGAAAGUUUUAAACAAUUUGAACAUUCCUAAGAGAGGAUGAGAGUAACUCAAGUCUCAGUAGAAUUUAUGUCCAACUUCAGACUCAUAAUACAUUAUUACUGUUUGCUCCUUCCUACGUCUCCCAUGUCCUACUUCUCAGUUCUGUUCCAUCACACUCCUGCCUUAACUGCUGUGUAGUAUGCAUUUAUUUUCAAUUAAUCUUUAUCUCAGUCUGUUUAUCUGAUUUUUGAAACUCAUGGGAAAACGCACAUCAAAUUCCUUUCCAAAAUAUGAGGGUUUAGUGAAGCUCAGUUUCACAAUAAGUGUCUUGCUAAUUUUUUGCGAUGUUUUAUGGACAAAGAAAACUUUACAGAUUUAUAUGUAUUUUGCUGCACAGUAAUGGACCAUUACCUAGGGCCUACCUUUAACAAAGCACUCCUUUGGAAGUUUUAUAGGUAUGAAAUAUAUGUAGAUAUUUGUAAGGGUUUUAAUUUUUUUGAUGGGGUGCUGUGUAAAUCUUGUAUUUAUAAAUGUAAUGAAGGUAUUGACAGAAAAAAUAUAUACAACUUUUAUAAAGGAUUGUGUACUGACUGAAUACAUUUAAAAGAAAAUAUAUUUUGAAACCUGUUCUCAAUGAACAGAGAUAACAUAUCUUUUUACUAUGCUGUUGGUUUUUAGGUUUAAGCUUCCUAAUGCAUAAUAAAUUUGCAAUGGAUACUUUUA